CCUCGUUUGAAUCUACAAAGGAGAAAUUGACUGACGACGCCAUUUUAUCUAGAUCUACUUGUGUUCUUGUGCUAUUAGUUUUUACAUUAUUUUCUAAAAAAUGUCCAAGCAAGGGGUAAACACCACCCCAACAAAACAAGACAAUAAUUCAUUUAAAAAAGAUAACAGAAACCAAAAUAGUGGACUAAACAUCAAUGCGAAAGAAGAACGAAGAUCUGGUGGAUUUAAUUCUACACCCAGCAAUCAACAGGGACGCGGUGGUGGUCAAAAUCAAAAUAAUUCCAACCAGAACAACCAACAACAUGAUAGAGAUCGAUCUUCAAAUCGAAAUGAAAACAAACAGUUUGACAAUAAGGCUGUGACUGAAACCGAAAAGACGGCUGACAAAGAUGACAAAAACGUUGAAGGUUCUACUGGCGGCACAGGGCCAGCACCGGGAGAAAAAAAAUUCACUGGGAGAUGCAGAUUGUUUGUGGGCAAUCUGACUCCUGACGUAACAGAAAGUGAUUUCAGAAAAAUGUUUGAACCAUUUGGAGAAAUUGCUGAAGUUUAUGUUAAUACUUCUAGAGGCUUUGGAUUCAUUCGGCUGGAUUACAGACAGAAUGCUGAGGCAGCUAAAGCAGCUUUAGAUGGUCACCAGAGAAAGGGGCGAAUCCUAAGAGUUCGGUUUGCUACUCAUGGUGCUGCACUGAAAGUUAAGAAUCUCCACCCUUAUGUUUCCAAUGAACUUUUGGAACAGUCUUUCUCACAGUUUGGUGAACUGGAAAGAUGUGUGGUUAUCGUAGAUGAUAGAGGUAAACCUACAGGAGAAGGAAUAGUAGAGUUUGUCAGAAAACCAGGGGCUAAUUCUGCCCUCCGGCGUAUUAAUGAAGGAGUAUUUCUAAUGGGCAUUGAUCCCAAGCCUGUUGCAGUUGAGCCACUUGAGCAGAAAGAUGAAGAAGAUGGAAUGCCAGAAAAAUUUCUUACCAAAACUGACCAAUAUAAAAAGGAGAGAGAAAAAGAGCCUAGGUUUGCUCCCCCAGGCACCUUUGAGUAUGAAUUUGGAAUGCGAUGGAAAGCUCUUGAAGAUCUGGAAAAACAGCGCAUUGAACAAAUAAAAAAGGACACUGAAGAAGCAAGGCUUAAGCUGGAAGAUGAAAUGCAAAAUGCAUUAUAUGAAUAUCAAGCAGAACAGAUUCGUCAAGAUCUUCUAAGACAACAAGAAGAAUUAAGGCGGCUUGAAGAAUUAAGAAAACAGGAUAGAAUGAGGAGGCAACAGGAAAUGGAAUUAAGGCGCCAGCAAGAUGACAGAGAGAGAGCACAGCAAGAAGAGCGUCGGCGAACAGAUAUGAUGCUAAGCAUGAGACAGCAAGAACUAGCCAGAGGUAGAGGUCCCCUCGAUUCUAGAGGAAGAGAUGAUAUAUUGAUGGCUGACCGUUAUGGUGACAGAAUGUCAGACAGAAUGCCAGACCGCAUGGGCGACAGGAUGUCAGAUAGAAUUGGGGAUCGCAUGGGACCAGGCCAGUCUGGAUUUAUGUGGGACGAUAACCAAAGGGGAGAGGCUGGUAUGAGAGGUGAUGGUGGCAGGGGGCGGGACAUGAGGGGCUCUGGUGCUCCACCCCUUCAACCCCCGCCUGUUCCACCCUCAGGACCGGGUGCCUUGGAACGUGGGGGGCAAUCCAUGGCUGCUUCUGCACAGAGUUCUAAAUCCAGUCCUAAACCUUUGAUGGGCACUAGUGGGUUUGGAAACAUAGGCAACCAGCCUGGUAAUGCUCCUGGUGCUAAUAACCCAUCAGCCUCAUCUGACAAUUCUAAUAUGGCAGAGGAGGAUGUGAAUGAAGAAUCCAUAUGUAGUGUAAAUGAUGCUGAAAGUCAAAACAUUGUCACUACUACUGAAAAUGAUUUAGACAACUCUAGACUUGAUAUACCUCCAGUGUCAUUGAAGGUUGAGGGGGAAGAUGUACAUCACACCAUAGAAAAAUGCCAGUUGCCAACAAAUAAUUUCUCCCCUGAUCUUAAUGAAGAAGAGCAUCCUGGUUUGUGGUCAGCUCCAACUCACUACAACGAUGGCAGUAUGGAUGAGUCAGAAAAUAUACCUAGCUCUAGGCCUCCUGUUGUUCUGCCUCUUGACAAGGAUAGGAAAGACAAUACUACAGAGAACCCAACCAAAAAACCUCGUUGUGAUUAUGACUUCAACACUACUCCCUCUGAACAAACUCCUUGUGACUUAUCAACUUCAAAAUCUCUCUGUUUCUCCACUCCUAGAAACAAUACAUUUUUUGUUGGGAACUCCAGUUCAGAGUUAUUGACAAAACUUAAUUCACAAUCAAAGGAGAAUUGUAUGGACGAGCCAGAAAUGGAUAUUGAUGAGACUUACCUUGAUGGUACUCAUAGUAAAGAUAAGAUUGAUCCUGGGGGGCGGGUGAAACCACCAUUACAGAGGUAUUUAUCAGCUGAUGAUGUAUCUGAUGAGCAAACUGUUCCCAAAGAAUUCAAAAUUCAGCGUUAUCUCUCUGCUGAUAACAUGGAUUUGACUGGUGUUCAAAGUUAUCUUUCCAAUGAUAUUGUGCCUGUUGAAUGUUCUUCUCUUCAUUCUAAUGAGAGCUACCAGUCUAUAGACACUUUACACAUUUCAGAAAGUAACAAUUACAAGCCUUCUGAUGUGCCAUCUCAAUAUACCUCCAGUGAUGCUCAAUCUAUUACAGAUACGUCUAACUCUGAUCAUUCUUAUAAAAAUGUCCAAAAACUGUGCAAUACUUCUGGUGACUAUGUAACAAGCCAUACUGAUACAUUAGACUUCAAACUACCUCCAUCUUUACAUGUUGACAUGGACAGCAACAAUUCCUGUUCUGACUAUAACCAAGUUUUAGAAGAGUAUAACUCCACAUAUGAAGCUGCAGCAGAUUCUGAUAAUUAUAAACAGACAGUGCCAUCAGAGGACAGUCCCAUUUCUGACUAUAAUCAAAGUGAUGUCAAUUUGAUUUCCUAUAAACAAACAUGUUCUGAGGAUGUGAGUGACAUGGAUACUGAAGGGUUGGACGAAAGUACUGCUCAAACCACUGAUAGUCCAGGUAUUUAUCAGAGCUACGAAGAAGGCAUUUCUUCACACUAUGGGAGUGCAGCAUUAAACUCUUUGAUAGGUGUGCCUGGUGUUGCAGAGUAUAAUACAAGUGCUACUUCUGAAGAGAACUGGGUAUCUUCUGGCAGUGGCGAUUCUAGUGCUGCUGUUAUAUCCAACUCAGAAGUACCAAGCAACAGCUACUUGAGCUCAUCUUCAUUUACAGACACUCAGAACACCUUGACAGUCGCAAGCACAUCCUCAAUGUCUGCCACUGUGACCUCAACUCAGAAUAAGGUGUCAGGUGGCAGCAAAGAUGAUCAUGAAGGAGCGCUUUGUACUGGAGAUCAGUCCUUCAAAACUGCUGCUGCAAGACAGUCAGCAAUGGGUCCAUUUCUACAGGCUUCAAGAUCUGUUCCCUUUGUUCCUAGCAUCAAUCCAUCUAUCUAUGCAGGAACAGCAAUGGUUCAGGGUAUUCCUGGACCUACCAUUAUGUCCACGUCAUCAGUGCACAUCCAGCACCCCAAUGGGGCAACUAUCAUGCGGCAGCAGACUGUCAGUGCUGGCCUCAAUGGUGGCGGCAUCACUCAGGCCACCCUGAUGCAGCAGCAGGCUAUGGCCAAUGGUGCUCAGGCAACAGCUGUCCUGCAGCAAAGAACUAUGACCAACAGGGGUCAGACAAUGGUACUGCAGCAAAGGACAAUAAACACUGGUUUGGGGGCCAUGACCCAGCAAACUCUUGUUCAGCAGCGCUUAGCUGCACCUAACAAUGUGGCACAAGCAAUGUUUCAAGCUAAUGCAUUGAGGCAUCGUGCAAUGGUUAGCCAGCAAGCUACUAUACUACAGCAAAGGGCCAUAAGGUUAGCUCAAGCUAGAGCAAUGGGCACUCAGUUAAUGAGAGCACAAGCUUUGAGGGGGGCUGCAUUGCUUCAACAGGCAGCAGUUGGAACCCAGCCUUCCAUGCUAAGUCAGGGGUUAGUGCGGACUGCCAAUCCUGCUGCAGUGAUGCAGCAGCUUGUCAGGCAGAGAUAUUUAGGUGGUCCAGUCAUGCCAGGCAGAGGUGUGCAGAUGGUUGCAGGUCGACCAGUUAGAACCUCUUCCUAUUCUAAAGAUGUCUACAAAUAAAUGUUGAAAAUAUAAUUUCAACUCAUUAUGAGGGUUAAACUCACUUAUACAAGGGAAACUUUGCCCAUGGAGUCCAAUACCUGAGCCAAGACUUGUGCAAGAUCAAAAGUCCUGCUUACAAAAUUAAAGAGUUGAUUUAAAAAGGGAAAAGCUAAAACAGUGACAGUCCAAAUGUAGAGAGAGGGUCAGAGUUUUCACAUCCCUAUUGAGGGAUGUUAGUUGUUUAUAUGACAAAAUGAUUGUUGAAAAGAAGAUUUACACAUUUGAAUCAUCAAUACCGGUCGGUAUGUAAACAUUAAAAAUAAUUGUAUUAGUUUUAAAACAAACUUCAUUUCAGAAACUAAUUCCUUUUUUUAGAAAGGUAUUGCAGGAUGAUAUUUAAAUAUUUAUUACCUAUUGCUUUGAAAGUGUAAGUUGCUUGACAUUUAAAAAAAAUUUGUUUUGGAUUUUGGUAAAGACCUAAUUCUUAGUAAAUCAAAACUGUUUUUUUUUUUUUUUUGUAUAUUUUUUUUUUUUUUUACUUUUUAAAAUUCUAAAAUCAGAUAUUAAAUACUUUAAGAUUACAGAGGCUGGCCUCAUUUGUACUGUGUGUUUUAUGUUAACCUUUACUUUGUCUUUCACAAGAACAGAAUUUAAUACAAUAUUUUGUUGUGCUAUAGUAUUAUAAGACACAAAUAUCUAGGCCAUCAUUCCAAAGAUUUGAAAUGUGUCUUUGCACCCUCCUGCCCCAUCUACGAAAUAUUUAUGUAUCAAGUCUAUUUGUUUUUAGACAUCUGAAUGUUUCAGAAUUGACCCUUAGCCGUGAUAUUUUAGUCCACAUUAUUUUACACAAUAUUUAGCAUAUAUAAUAUGCUCUCAACUUGUACAUGCAUUUUAGUUGUGUAGUCAUGUGUUUACAUCCUGCCAUUUUUGUUUAACCCAAUGUCAUGAAAUGAAAUGAUGUUUUUUUAUUUAUAAAAAAAAAGCUGAUGUUGAUUAUAUCCACAGUGUUGAAUAUUAAAACCAUUAUAUUAUAGUUUCAACACUAUAUGCUCAUAGGUUGUUUAUCACAAGAGAUGUUUGUUGGAAAUGAGUUCAAGUGUUUUUCUUUUAAUGCUGCAGUGUAACUCAUGCUCAUUAGUCUAAUUACAUUUUGUAGUUGCUUAACAAUGGGUCUAUUUAGAUGGCUUACCCAUCGAUUAAACCUGUUGUUUGGAGAAAUCCCCCAGUAUAUAUAAUUGAAAAAUCAAUGUUUGAGUGAUAAAUAGAGUUGAAAUGAGAAGGCUGUGUAAACAAAGGAUGAAUCAGUCUGUGUCUGUGAGUUUUAGAUUUUACUAGAACAAGUACAAAUAUUUGUCCUGGAGGCUGUGCUAAACAAUUAUUAAUAUUGGGCUGUGUCUGCCAGUUUAUGGUAUUACAUUAAAUAUAUAUUUGUCAUGUUUCUGAACUUUUAGAGAUUGAUAAUAGAUGUAUUUUUAACACUCCAGGAAAUGUCUGCGGACCUAUUCUUGUUGUGAUUUCAUGUUCAAGUGUACUGGAGUGUAAAACACUUUCAAACUUUUUAUAUCAAUAAAGUUGUAUAUAGAAACUUUGGUGACACUAGUUGUUUUAGUUGUGUGUAACUGGCACAGUAAAUAAUUUAUUAUCCUUUUUAUCUGGACUAUUUUGUUGUGUUAAUUGUUUUGUUGACUGCUGUGCACUACUGUUUGUACCAGCCAUUCAUCGUGUUGUACCAUCAGCUUCUCAGUGAAGUGAAACUACUACCUUGUGUUAGGUUUUGUUAUUUUAAGUUUAGCCAAUGUUCAAUUAAAUUUUUUAAAAGAUUUAUUCCUAGCUACUAUUUAGCAGUAUCAGUAUUUAAAAUUACUUUUGGUUGAUUCGUUUUAGUAAUUUUUUUUUUUAUUUAUACCAUUGUUUCUUGCAACAUUUUGGUAUUUAGAAAAACGAAUUAGUAAUUAGUACAAUUUAAUAUAUGCUUGGUUUAUUUAUUUAUUUUUUUUUGUUUAUUAAAUUUUAUUACACACAGUGCUUCUGAUGUUUUCAAAGGGAGAAUUGCAAUAUGUUUAUUCAGGAUUAACUCUUUGUCUCCUAACUGACGAUACCAACAUUGAUUCCACCAGAAUGUGGAAAAUAAUUACGGAGAGAAAGAGUUGUGUCUGAUUUACUAUUUCAUGAAUUAAAAACUAGUUAGGGUAAUACUGUAUAAAAAGUAUCAUAUUUAAAUUAGUUAGAUUUUGUUAAGUUUAACAAUUGAUUAUGCCUAAACUUACUGCUUUUGAUUUUUUUUUUCUGUUUUAGUUUUAGAUAGUUAAGUAAUUUAUUUCUGUUACUUUCUUUCUUUUAAUUUCUUAUUCUUUAUCAUUUAUUAAUAUUGAAUUCAGCUGAUUGAUGGAAAGUUUGACUUUUUGGUUGGUCAUUGUGAUGGUACCAUUUCAUUGUUGACUGACAAUCAUACAGAAUACUGUAAUAAAAUGUUUUGCAUUCCAUGA